AUGACUCAGUCCCCUCUCACCACUGCCACACUCAUGACUCCGCCCCCUCUAACCACUGCCACACUCAUGACUCCGCCCCCUCUUAACCACUGCCACACUCAUGACUCCGCCCCCUCUCACCACUGCCAUACUCAUGACUCCGCCCCUCUCACCACUGCCAUACUCAUGACUCCGCCCCCUCUCACCACUGCCAUACUCAUGACUCCGCCCCCUCUAACCACUGCCAUACUCAUGACUCCGCCCCCUGUCACCACUUCCAUACUCAUGACUCCGCCCCCUCUCACCACUGCCACACUCAUGACUCCGCCUCUCUCACCACUGCCAUACUCAUGA